UAUGACGUUCACGUGAUUCAUAUAUUCUGCUCGUCAUUAUGUGUAACAAAUGUUGGCCCUCUGCUAUCUCUUUUUCUUGGCAACGAUAAAACCCUAAAAAACAAAAUAGGCCCAUUCGCUACUAGUGCACCCUGAAUGGAUUGCCUAGUUUGCCGUUGCUCAGUUUAUGAUACCAGGGUUUCUCUUUUUACUCGACCUGCAUCCCUGGUAUCUUUUCUCCCCUCCAUUCGCGUACAUCUAGUGGCUUUGACAACACCUGAUUUCCAUCUUUCCUUUGUUAGAUAUCCACCAACAGUCUUCAUUUCGUCAAAAUUUUCAUGGCGUAUAUCAUGUGACUCCAUACCGAAGCCGUCACAGAUAAACCCUCAAGUAGAAGAAUCGAGACAGCGCCGCCAUAAUGCCAUGAAACAAUUCUUGCUCAAGGAAUGCUGUUUUUCUUCCUCUCAAAUCACAUUACUGAUAAGCAAAGACCCCAGCCUCUUCAGAAGAAGAUCCCUACACAGAGCCCAUCAGGUACUUCAGAUGCUCGAGGACUGUGGAUUAACUGUAGAGCAGAUAAGGAAAACUAUUAUCAAAAGUCCAACUAUUCUUAUUCGUUCUGUCGAUGACCAUUUGAAGCCUAAAAUUGAAUACUUGAAAACACUAGGGAUUGCUGAUGAAGAUGUGAAUUAUAUCGUCUCCCACAAUCCCAGACUUCUUACUAGCAGAUUAAAUGAAACUAUUGCUCCGAAAAUCUCAUCACUGAUCAAGUUUUUUGGGUCAAAGGCUAACCUAUUGAAGGCCCUCAGGAAGGCACCUGAGGUUGCGUCCUAUGAUGUUAAAUUAUUGAAUAAUAAAUUGAAGGUUUUGGAAAACACAGGCCUCCUAGAGCAUGAGAUCAAACGAAUUCUGGAAAGGUGCCCUCGAAUCCUUUUCUGCUCUGUAGGUAAGAUAGAGAAGAAUAUGGAGUUCUUGACAUGUAUUGUAGGGUUAAAACCAAAUGUUCUGGUUAAAUAUCCUCAAUUCUUAGGCUUUAGUGUAGAGAAGAGGUUGAGGCCACGGUAUGAGGUGUUUAAGUAUCUAAUUGCAUCGCGAGCUCGCCAUCACCUGACCAUCCAUCGGGUUACAAUUCUGGCAUUAACUGAGGGGGAUUUCACUCAAAGGUUUCUAUCCGGCAGUCCUGAUGUCAAAAUGUUAUAUGAAAAAUACAAGGGCAAGACUGCGGAUGUUGGAGUAACUAAACUUUUACCAACUCGCCAAAGAUAAUUUGGAGAUGAACGGUGAUUUGCAAUGCAUCAGGUAGCGUUUUUAAGGGGUAUAUGUUUUCUUUCCAGAUUCAUCACAUGACAAGGAAGAACUAUCACAUUCGAUCCAAGGAGCUUUGUAACAACAAGCUGAAAAGUUGACCUCGCUUGCGUAGGCAUGUUGCUUCAGUAUAUUUUGUGUGCCUUUAAACAUGAUUGAUCAAACCCUCAUAGUCAACGAGUGUAUUUCUAGAGAAGAUCUCAGUUGUAUUUAGCAAGAGAGGAUCUUCUGGCAAAGAUUGAUGUUGUGUUGUUUCUAUUAGUUGAAAUGCGAGGAUUCCAUCCAGUUACGUAUUUUUCAAAGAACUGACUUUGUUGUUUCUACAACAGCAUGGUCUUCCCAGUCAAGUUUGUCCAUGUCUGGUGCAUUGAAAUCAAACAUGGAACCUUGAAUAUUAAAACAUAUGAUAAGAUAAUUAAACUUGUAAAUGAUAUCAAAUGAAAACCAAAGAUAAUUAUCUAAAUUUUAAUUUAAUUUUUUUAGUUUAAUCUUUUCAUACAAUUAUAUGUUCAAAUUUGAAUCCCAAGAAAAAAAAUUAAUAUCAAAUAAUAAGAUAACAAGAACAUUCUAUCAUAAAAUUAAAAGAGGUUAAGAUCUUGUUUAUGUUCUUAAAUCUCUAAGUUUUUGUAUUUUACAUAUUUGCAUACCAAAAAGACAAAGGCUAAAUUAGAGCGCAAAAGAAAAUAGAGGAAACUCAAAAUAAACAAAUAAAAGAGUGUGGAAAGUGAAUGCACAAUAAAAGUGACGUGUGUGUGAGUUUAAAUUACCAAACCAUAUGCAUUAUUGUAACCUUAACGCUAAUAGUAAUUAUAAUCAUAACUCUAAAUUCAAAUUAGUUCUAAUUGUGACCAGAGUUGUAAUUAUAAUUCUAAUAUAAUAUUAAUCCUAUUUUUUCUCAUAACCCUCAUCAUAAUCAUAAUCAUAAUGCUUACCUAACCUGAAAUAAUUUUUUACUCUUAAAUAUAAUAGAAAUUUUAACCACAACUCUAAAUGUAACCUAGUUCUAAUUGUAACCAUAGGUGCACUCAUAAUUCUAAUAUAAUCUAGUCCCAUUUUUUCUCAUAACCCUUUCAUUUACUAUAUUUGUAGCUGUAACCUGAAAUAUAUUUUAUAAAAUUAUAGUUGUAUUUUUUGACUAAUUAUUUUAAAAAUCAAUAUAAAGUGUUUGUCAUGUUUCGAGUUGUAUAUCAUUUC